AUGACUUCCACCUUCAGUUUUGGCUUCGCAGGGGAUGACAUCGAGGUUGAUGAGACUGAGGUCAACGAUGUCAACGAGGGUGGUGUCCAAGAUAGUGGGGCAACGCCGACGCUUCCGGAGCUCUUGAAAGCUCAGAGGCAUGAAAUGAGUGACUGGCUCUCCACGUUGCCGUCACAAAUAUCAUACAACAAGUGUACUAUCAAUCCUCCACAGGGUACAGGAACAAACCAUGAUGGCGGGGCACUUACAGUUGCGCGCAGAGAGGUUUUUGAUAUCCGUACUCAGCUGAUGGUUGAGGAUGGUGCUGAGGAGCAGAACAGCGACCUCAUUGCCGGAUUGGAGAAGGGUGAUAUUACGCCUAACUUUUAUGAAGGUGGCUUCAAGACAUGGGAGUGCUCAAUUGAUUUGGCUGAGCUGGUUGUGGAUGAAGGGAUUGGAUUCGAGGAUAAGCAUAUUAUUGAGCUUGGCUCAGGUACUGCGGUUCCAUCAUUGGCUUUAUUCGCUCAGCUACUCUCUCAAACAGAAGCCGGCUCAAAUGCAGCAUCGGCAAAGAGAAGAACGCACUUCACAUUUGCGGAUUACAACUCUGCCGUUCUUCGUCUAGUCACCCUACCGAACCUAAUUCUAACGUGGAACCACUUUAUCAACCACCGCAAUGCCACUACCUCAUCUGACAGUCACGCCGAGGACACACAAGACACGCAGGAAGAGGAGCUAGAUAUUACACCAGAGCUCCUGGAAGGACUGCAAACCGAUCUCGCGCGUCGGGGCAUUACAAUCGAUUUUAUUUCCGGCGCCUGGUCUCCUUUGUUUGUGGACUUGGUGUUCUCAUCUCCGGAACUAGCGGGCUAUAAGAGGUUGGUUCUUGCAAGUGAGACAAUCUACUCACCUGCUUCGUUGGCAGCAUUCUCAGAGACCUUGUUAGCAUUGUUCCAUCGUUAUCCAGUUGAGAGUAGGGCACUGGUCGCAGCGAAGAAAGUGUACUUUGGGGUUGGAGGCGGCGUGGAUGAGUUCUUAGCUGUAUUACGAGAUGUAAGCGGUGAUAACUUGGACAUCGAACAGCGGGUGGAUGUCAAAUCUGGUGGCGUCGGGAGAAUAAUUUUGGAAAUCAAAUUAAGAUAA